AUGUUUUCCACAUGUCAUACUGGUUUUACUUUCACCCUUUGUACCUUCAAAAGUUUUCAGCCCUCUGCUGUCACAGUCAUGUUUUCUCUUUCAUUACGGCAAAAAUUACAGCCCCUCUUCCUCAGGGUUUCAGGAUGUUUGGGCCGAGAGGGGCAGGUCACAGUGGAGUCUUGCAGACAUGGCCUCGGAAGCAGCAGCGGGUGGACAGGACAGAACAGCCUGGCCCAGGACGAUCCAGAGAUGUGGAGCCUUCUGCAGCAGGAGAAGGACAGGCAGCGUCGGGGACUGGAGCUCAUCGCAUCAGAGAACUUCUGCAGCCGUGCAGCACUCGAGGCCCAGGGCUCCUGUCUAAACAACAAAUACUCUGAGGGAUACCCAGGACAAAGGUACUAUGGAGGUGCAGAGAUUGUAGACCAGAUUGAGCUGCUGUGUCAGAAGCGAGCACUCACUGCCUUCAGUCUGGACCCAAAUCUGUGGGGAGUUAACGUCCAGCCAUAUUCUGGAUCCCCCGCUAACUUUGCAGCCUACACAUCUGUACUGGAGCCCCAUGACCGCAUUAUGGGUCUGGAUCUGCCUGACGGGGGACACCUUACCCACGGCUACAUGACAGACACAAAGAGAAUAUCAGCCACCUCCAUCUACUUUGAAUCGAUGCCUUACAAGCUGGAUCCCAAAACAGGUCUGAUCGAUUAUGACCAGCUGGAGAAAACAGCCCGACUCUUUAGACCCAGACUCAUCAUAGCAGGAACCAGCGCCUAUGCUCGCCUUAUGGACUACUCUCGCAUGAAGAAGCUGUGUGUGGAGCUUAAUGCUUACCUGCUGGCAGACAUGGCUCAUAUUAGCGGCCUGGUGGCAGCGGGAGCUGUUCCCUCUCCUUUCCAGCAUGCUGACCUGGUCACCUCCACUACUCAUAAGUCCCUGCGUGGAGCAAGAGCCGGUCUGAUCUUCUACCGUAAAGGUGUGCGGUCUGUGGAUAAGAAAGGUCGGGAGGUGACCUAUGACCUACAGGACAGGGUGAACUUUGCCGUGUUCCCAUCACUUCAGGGAGGUCCUCACAACCACGCUAUUGCUGGGGUGGCUGUCGCCCUCAAACAGGCUUCCACUCCCAUGUUCAAACGGUACAUCACUCAAGUGCUGCUGAAUGCCAAGGCAAUGGCAAACGCCCUGCUGAAGAAGGGCUACACCCUGGUGUCAGGUGGAACAGACAACCACUUGGUCUUGGUUGACCUUCGACCUCGCGGGAUGGAUGGGGCUCGAGCUGAGAGGGUCCUGGAGCUGGUCUCCAUCACCGCUAACAAGAAUACAUGCCCCGGAGACAAGAGUGCUCUCACUCCAGGAGGACUUAGGCUCGGAACUCCAGCUCUGACCUCCCGACAGUUCAAGGAGGCAGACUUUGAAAAGACUGUGGAGUUUAUUGAUGAAGGGAUUCAGAUCGCACUGGAUGUGAAGAAGAAGACUGGAAAUCUAGCCAGCUUCAAGUCCUUCGUGCUGGAGGACCCAGAGACAGUGUCACGCAUUGCAGAGCUCCGCCAGCAGGUGGAGCUAUUUGCCAGCCCCUUUCCCAUGCCCGGAUUCACUGACCACUAAUAACAGCACGUACAGAAAGGCAGUUUCCCCAUCACACCAUGUACAUAUGCUUUGGAACUCCUCAAAUGAAAUAGUCUCAGAUGUUUUUGAUAAUGUUGCCAUGAACACAAGCAUUGACACAGUCACAUGUAUCAUGUCAGUUGAAACUUGGUCGGUGUGCUGCACCAGGGGUCAUUACAUUUCCAUAAUCCACUCAAGCAUCAUUUCUGCCAAAUAUGAUGAAACAUGUAAUAUAGUGUAAAUGUAUGUAAGCCUGCUAAAAAAAAACCAUAUAAAACAAAUUGCCAGCUAAUACUUACAU